AUGGGCAGAGAACUCCAGAAGCGCAAGAAGCGCUCGUCUCGCGCCAAGGUCCAGACGCAUACCAUCAAGAAGAAGCACUUGAACCCCCAGGGCAGCGGUAUCGUUGCCAAGGCCUGGAACAAGAAGGAAACCCUCUCACAAAACUACUCCCGCUUCGGUCUCGUCGCCAAGCUCGGCACCGCCGCCGGCGGCAUGGCCAAGAAGUCCGCCGCCGCCAACUACGCCGGCAUCACCAAGGAUGAUCCUUUGGCCGUCAAGUCGGCCGAUCGCGGCCUGCUCGAGGUCCGCGAGGUCAAAGUCGAGCGUGACGCCUCGGGCAAGAUCGUCAAGGUCCUGCGCUCGGACAACCCGCUCAACGACCCGCUCAACGAGAUCGAGUCCGACUCCGAAUCCGAGGAACCCAAGCCCAAGAACCCAACCCACGAUAUCGAAUGGCACGGCAUCAGCGACGACCGCCAGGAGAUGAUUGCCCAGAGCAGUCGGCCCGAGGUGGUCCGGAUGCUCGAGGAGGAGGCGUCGCGCCCUGUGGAGAAGACGGUGCGCUACCAGAGCGACCGCGAGCUAGAAUGGCUGCAGCGGCUAGUGGCUAAGCACGGCGACGAUGUAGCUGCCAUGGUGCGCGACAUCAAGUUAAACCCGAUGCAGCAGACCAAGGGCGACAUUACCAAGCGGUUGAAGAAGGCUGGCUUGUUGCAGUAA